AUGGACGCCUCAGGUCAGGAUCGGGACGUGCUGGUUCAACAAGCCUCUGCAGACCUCAUUGCUGACUUCAGCCGCUGUUUGGGUCCUUUUCUGAGGAGACAUGACGGACAGCUGCGAAGCCGGGUUCGAGUACGAGAUACUUCAAGACUCAUUGACCAGGACCUGGAAUCCUUUCAGGAACUGCCUCAACUGCUUGACCCGCAUCUCCCAAAGUUCCUUCCUGCCUUGGCUGAGGCGUAUAUCGAGCAUCUCCAGGACCGCCGGAGAUCUAGCUUACUAUCCACCCGUUCUCAGCUCCUAGAACCAAUUUCACAUGCAAUCUGCAGGAUCAUCUACGCUUUUUGCAAAAUCCGUGGAGAGAAGGUCAUUGUCAGGUUCCUCAAUGUCGAAACCAAGUAUCUCGAACUUCUAUUGCAUGCCAUUGAACGUUCGGAACGGCCAAGUGAUGCGACGAAAGAGACUGUCUCUGCCAUUUCGUGGAGCUGGCAUGAGAGAUAUGUUGUCUUGCUAUGGCUCUCGCAGCUGUUCUUCGCCCCCUUUGACUUGUCCACUAUUUCGUCGGGCGACGUUGACGACGCAAAUCGCACGAUGAUCCCAGGUCUUACAUGGCCAUCUCAAAUCCCUGGGAUCGCUCUGAGAGUUAUACCACUGGGAAUCAGGUACCUUGCAUCGCCAGGGAAGGAGAGAGAUGGCGCAAAAGCGCUACUGGUACGUUUAGCUAUGCGAAAGGACAUGCAGGAGAUUGGCAUCUUGCAAGCACUUGUCCAAUGGGCCAUCUCUACUCUCAGCCCAAACAAAGGAGGCCCCGUCGAGUCUCCUUAUUACUAUAUCGGCAGCAUAGCCUUCCUGGCUGGGGUUCUGAGAGCAGCGGCCGACACGUCAAUCAUGGACCCGUACUUGUCCUCCAUCUAUUACGCUACUCAAGCCAUCGCUUCGCAGGACAAUCCUGUGUUCAAGGUCAUUUACGGCUCAGCAUUGGCGCGGAAGACUAUGAUCAAGGUCACACGGUCUGUGAUCACUCUGGUACUUCGAAAACCGCGGCAAACCGUGGAGGAUACCGAGAUGGUCGAGAACACUAUAGGCUGUCUUCUAGAGAGCCUAGCCGACAACGACACCCCGGUCAGAUUCGCUGCUAGCAAAGCCCUCAGCGUCAUCACGCUGAAGCUGGAUCCCGAAAUGGCCUCUCAAGUGGUCGAGGCUGUCCUGGAAUCGCUGAAUCGAAACGUGCUAGUGAUAAAGUCUCAAUCAGGUGCAAAGGGCCCAUCAAGACGUGAUCUGACCGCCGUUGACCCUCUGGAAUGGCAUGGCCUGAUGUUGACACUAGCCCACCUUCUGUAUCGGCGAUCACCUCCACCCGAGAACCUCACCGACAUAAUCCACGCCUUGCUCAUGGGGUUGGCUUUCGAGAAGCGAGGAACAUCAGGUGGAUCUAUCGGUACGAAUGUGAGGGAUGCUGCUUGCUUUGGCAUAUGGGCAGUAGCAAGGCGAUAUACCACCGCUGAGCUGGUUCGAGUGCCGACGAAGGCCGUUCCCAUUGCCUACGCCCAUGCGUCUCCUACCUCCAUUUUGCAAGUCAUUGCCGCGGAAUUGGUCGUUGCAGGAUCCCUCGAUCCAGCAGGCAACAUUCGCCGAGGAUCUUCAGCUGCGCUUCAGGAGCUGGUAGGGAGGCAUCCGGACACGAUUGAGCAAGGCAUUGCGCUCGUACAGGUUGUCGACUACCACAGCGUGGCUCUUCGGUCAAGAGCAAUCCACGAGGUAGCUCUGCAGGCUACCCAACUCUCACCUCAGUACGGUCAUGCGUUGCUAGAGGCACUGCUCGGUUGGAGAGGUAUGGCAGACACAGAUGCAGCAGCACGCAGGGUUGCCGCUGCUGCGUUCGGUACUUUGACAGCAGAGAACGCGCAGUUGCCAUUGUCGGAAUCGUCACUCCGCUUCACUGAAUUAGUGGACCUACUUCUUGAGCGCAUUCGGUCUCUUCAAGUACGACAGGUCGAGGAACGGCACGGCCUCCUCCUCAGUCUGGCUGCCAUCGUCAACUUUCUUCCGAUACUCCUCAGAGGCACGAAAGGUGAACCGGCCAGCCAAUUCGUGGAUAGCUUGCCGAUCCCGAAGCUUGUAGACGGCCUGGUGGAGAUCCUGAAUGACUGUAGGACAACUUCUUAUCGGAAACCUGAACUGAUUGCAGAAGCUGCCAGUGUACUGGUAAUCUCGUUUCAUCCAGUUCUUUUGCUGUAUAUUGCAUCACGGAUGCCCACUGCUGCAGAGGGAUUCCAAGCGGGAAACAUCGUCAUUGUGGAAAGGCAGACAGAGGCGCUGCUCAACUCGUUACGUAUCAUAGAUGGUUCAGAACAUGAUCGGCCAUCGAAACUGGAUGCGAUGGUGGAUGCGAUGGAGCACACAGUGAACAGCUGGCUGGAAAUAAACGAGUCGGAGGUCAUGGAGGUUGCAGCACAUGCUGCGCUGGUGUCAUUGCUGUAUAGCAGGUCAACAGAACGUGCCCGCAUCAUUCGAAGCUGGGCGGACAAAAUCCGGUUCGCCACGAAAUCUCGAAACAGGCACGGGAAUGGGUAUUUCCAUGCUCUGACCGAAGCAUACCAUAUCGUCUCUACAUCUCUUGAUAACUCGAUAGGUCCGAAGGACAUCACAAAGGCCCUCGCAGAUCGCUGGGCAUCGGACGAUGAUGUUGAGACGCGAGUAGCGAUUCUACAGUGUCUUGCUGACCAAGCCAUCCUCCGGGAAAGAGUGUCGGAUUUCCUGCCGAUGAUAUUGGAUGGGUUGAACGACUACACCACGAAUGCUCGAGGAGAUGUUGGCUCACAUGCUCGACUCGAGGCAAUUAGGGCGACGAGAACAUUGUGGGAGGUCCUAAAGAAAGGAGGUGAACCCCACCACACGAUCCAUGAGAUCACGCCGGUUUUGUUACCUCGGAUACUUCGCCUGGCGGCGGAAAAGCUCGAUCGCGUUCGUGCGGAAGCCCAGCCAGCGCUGGCUUUGCUCUUACUCCCCAGCCAUGCCGAAAUAUUCACUACCUCAUCCUUCUCCUCCAAGGGCUACUUUGCAUGCCUAUUCGGUCUAUGUAGACCAGACCGGUUUCUCGAAUCAAUAGCAGAGAGCUGGAAACUCAGCGAGACGGACUGCACGUCAAGCUUACUAGCCGGCCUUUCAACUGCAGCAGACACGGGAAACGAAGAUCUAGUGAUAGCUAGCCGUGCAGCCGUGGCCGAAUUCUGCGAGCAAUCCACCGACCACAUCUCGCAGAUCUGCAUGGCUCUAAUUAAUAACCUCAAGCUGCACCAGGGUCAGGACCGGGUCAUCGUCCCUACUUUGGAACUGCUAGCGUAUCUGUUUCAAAUCGGUAUUAUGCAGAGGUUCAAGGGCCUCAAUCUGCGCCAGCUGUGUCUUCUGACACAGAAGGCUGGCUACAAGUCAGGCAAUGUGCGCAAAAUCGAGGCCUGCAUCAAAGUCUACGGGGGCGUCGGGUCGAUGACCGAAGAGGAGGACACUGCCAAUGCUGAAAUGACGUCCGAACUUGGCCUGAUGAGGCAGGAGGGCAUCGCCGAAGCGAGAAAGAGGCUAGGGGCCUUGCUGAUGCACCCUUGGCCUCGGGUCCGCACGCUGGUCGUAGACGAGCUGUGGGGUUCCACGUUGUUGUCGGAAAAGACGGACGUUUCAGGAAAUAGAGUCGCGAAGCUGAUGAGUGUCGACUGGGGCAAGGCUGACAAAGCUCAGAUCAAGAACAUGGUGGGGGAACUGGGGCUUGUCUAA